ACGUUAACCUAAGCCCUUUUUGCCUCAUAUAAAUAAAAUAAAAUAAAUAAAUAAAACCCUAUUUCGUUCUAACUUUCUAGGGUUAGUUUCUGCCUCAACCCAGACGUAGCCAUGGGAAGAAGACCUGCAAGGUGUUAUCGACAAAUUAAGAACAAGCCGUACCCGAAGUCGCGGUUUUGCCGUGGUGUUCCUGAUCCCAAGAUCAGGAUUUAUGAUGUUGGUAUGAAGAAGAAAGGUGUUGAUGAGUUUCCCUUCUGCGUGCAUUUGGUUAGUUGGGAGAAGGAGAAUGUUUCCAGCGAGGCGCUGGAAGCUGCUAGGAUUGCUUGCAACAAGUACAUGGCGAAAUUUGCUGGAAAGGAUGCAUUCCACUUGAGGGUAAGGGUGCAUCCCUUCCAUGUUCUUAGGAUCAACAAGAUGCUUUCGUGUGCCGGAGCUGAUAGGCUCCAGACGGGUAUGCGAGGUGCGUUUGGAAAGCCGCAGGGUACUUGUGCCAGAGUGGCUAUUGGCCAGGUCCUCCUUUCUGUCCGCUGUAAGGACAGCAACAGCCACCAUGCACAAGAGGCCCUUCGUCGUGCUAAGUUUAAGUUCCCUGGUCGCCAAAAGAUUAUUGUUAGCAGGAAGUGGGGGUUCACCAAGUUUAAUCGUACUGAUUAUCUGAAGCUCAAGUCAGAGAACAGGAUUAUGCCUGAUGGUGUGAAUGCCAAGCUUCUUGGAUGCCAUGGACCAUUGGCUAACCGCCAACCAGGAAGAGCCUUUUUGUCUGAUGGUGCUACUGCAUAGACUCUUUGCUACUCAGAAAUACUAGACUUAUGAAUCAUAUUGGUUUCACAAGAGUGAAUUUGAGUUUCUUGUUAUGUCUACACAUUAUUCUAAAAUAAGUUGUUAAUUUUUAUUUUUUUGGAAUCACCUUGAAUGGAUAAUAUUAAUGUUAUAUUUCGUUAUGGGCUACUUUCUA